AUGAGCAUUUUGGAUGGAGGGUGGGGUUCUGGCACUGCUGAUUUGGGCAUCCCGCCAGUGCCACACCCGCCAAUCACGCACGCAUCCCCACCCCUGCUCCUCCAUGAAGCAUGCACUUUUGGAACAGCUGCCUACCAGCCGAUCCUUCAUGUCGAUCCGCAGCUUGAGCCGCUCGGCCACGAGGAAGCCAGCAAUCGCGUCCACCAGGGGUUCCAGAGCCCCCUCGAAGGUGGAAAGCUCAUCGGAGCGCCCGGCCAGGGCUACUCCCUGUGA